GACGCCACACGACUUGUGUAGUCCGGCGGCCGUGUGGGAAGGAGGGUGCGCAUCUCAUAUUUUUAAGCUUGCUGUGGCUUCCCGGAAAGGCAGCCGUUGGGAGUCGGGUUCAAAGCUUCCCGUCGGGCCCGCGCCGCCGAGCCCAGCCUGGAUCUUGAGCCAGUGUGGUGCUGACCACCCUGGAUCCCGUCUCACUUCGUCCUCGCGCCAGGCGCCACCAGCUGCACCCCCGGGAUGCCUGGCGUCUCUGCCCGGGGCCUCUCUUACGAGGAGAGGAGACAGCUAGCUGUGAACCUCACCCGUGUCCUGGCGCUCUACCGUCCCAUCCUCGACGCCUACAUCAUCGAAUUUUUCACAGACAACUUGUGGGGCACACUCCCUUGCUCAUGGCAGGAAGCGCUGGAUGGACUGGACCCACCACAACUGGCCACACUGCUGCUGGGGAUGCCUGGGGAAGGGGAGGUGGUCAGGUACAGGUCGGUGUGGCCGCUCACCCUACUGGCUCUGAAGUCUACAGCCUGUGCCCUGGCCUUUACCCGGACACCUGGCUUUCAGACUCCUUCAGAGUUCCUGGAGAACCCUAGCCAGAGCUCUCGACUGACAGCUCCCUUCCGGAAACAUGUCAAGCCUAAGAAACAGCAUGAGAUCCGGAGGCUAGGAGAGUUGGUGAAGAAACUGAGUGACCUCACUGGCUGCACCCAGGUUGUGGAUGUGGGCUCGGGCCAGGGCCAUCUCUCCCGCUUCAUGUCUCUGGGGCUGGGGCUGAUGGUGAAGAGCAUUGAAGGGGAUCAGAGAUUGGUAGAGAGAGCCCAGCGCUUGGACCAGCAGCUCCUUCAGGCUCUGGCAAAAGUGGAGAAGAGGAGCCCAAAGGUGGUCCCAAGAGUCCGAUGCUCACCUCAGCAUGUGGUUAAGUGGGUGGACCCCACAGGCCUGUGUGAGGAGCUGCUGCUUCCCCUGGAGAGCACUGGGCACAGUGGCCCCCGCUUGCUGCUCACUGGCCUCCAUGCCUGUGGGGAUCUCAGUGUUGCCUUACUGAGGCACUUCUGCUGCUGCCCUGAGGUGGUAGCCCUGGCCUCAGUGGGCUGCUGCUACAUGAAGCUCAGUGCCCCUGGUGGCUACCCACUGAGUCAGUGGGUCUCGGGGCUGCCUGGCUAUGAACUGCCCUACAGGCUCCGGGAAGGGGCCUGCCAUGCUCUGGAGGAAUAUGCUGAGCGGCUGCAGAAAGCACACCCGGACCUGAGAACCCACUGCUAUCGAGCAGCACUGGAGACGGUGAUCCGACACACCUGCCCCGAACUGCAACGGCCUGGCGUGCAGGGGAUCCCCAGGGUCCAUGAGCUCAAGAUAGAAGAGUAUGUGCAGCGGGGGCUGCAGCGAGUGGGGCUAGACCCCCAGGUUCCCCUGAAUCUGGCUGCUCUUCAGGCCCACCAGGCCCAGGAGAAUCGUGUGGUUGCCUUUUUCAGCCUGGCCCUCCUCAUGGCCCCACUAGUGGAGACACUGAUUCUGCUGGACCGAUUGCUCUAUCUUCAGGAGCAGGGUUUCCACGCUGAGCUCCUACCCAUCUUCAGCCCUGAACUCUCUCCCAGAAAUAUGGUUCUGGUGGCCACCAAGAUGCCUUUGGGUCAGGCCUUCUCUGCUCUGGAAACUGAAGACAGCUGACACAGUCUGAAGACGGGCUCAUCUCGGAGCCUACUUCAUUGGAGGUCACUGGGAGUAGCCAAUGGCACCUUGUCACCCAGAGAGCCAGCAUCCUGCACAUGGUUGGGAUCCUGGCUCCCUGCAAAACUUCAGUUUCAUCCCUUCUUUAAUCUCCAUGUGUACUGCAAGAUUGUGUGAAGAUUUAUUUUUAAUUUAUUAAAAGUUGGAGGAUAUUUCUCUUCC